AUGGCAAACAUCCCCCCUCAAGAUAUCAACGAGGCCCGAGAGCUGCUUGAGGUGGCCCGAAGCUUCGGUGCAAAGCCCAGCCAAGUCCGGGCUGCACUCGCACUUGUGGUUUCUGCGCGGCGACCUAUUUCAAAAUGGGUUCAAGAGGCCAGGCCGAACUACAAACUGGUGGCACGUCUGCUGAAGAAUAAAAACCCACACAGCGCACAUGACCUGCCACGGAGGAUUGAGAAACACGCAGCCUCCAUGAGGAAGGCGAUUGAGGCAAAGGAUCCCGACACUGCCGAAAUUCUCAAGAAAGGACGCAUUAUUCUCAUUAAACGUCCCAGUCUGGGACAAGAGGAGGCGAAACAGGAGGAGAAGGCACAAGAGGAAGGACAAGAAGGACAAGAGGUGGAGGAUGAAUAUAGCUCUGAUUCUUGCUCUGAGGAUGAGAUCAAGAUGGAGGAUGAAGGACAAGAAGAGGCGGAUUCCACUGAAGAUGAAGAGUACGAAUACGAUUCUGACUCUGAGGAUGAGAUCAAGAUGGAGGAGGGGAGUCAGGAGGAGGAGGGUCAGCUCAUGGAGCUUGACGAUGAGGCUCUCCAGGCCAACCUCUCUAUUUAG